CGCUUCUUGUCUUUUGAGUUGUGACUCUUCCGUACGUUCAUUGGUUCGCUCUCUCGUUGUGCUCUCUUUCUGCACACUCUCCGAGCCUACCUCCAGCAACGUCUGCAGAUAAGUUGUACAGUCACUUUAUUUAUUAAAUCUGUUAUUCACUUACACUAAACACAACGCAUACUAAGAAUUCUUUCCAUUUUUAGCCCUUAAACUUUGAUUGCGUUAAUCAGGACUUACACGUUAGGUAGAGUACUGGUAAAGUUAUAAGACGGUGAAGGUUUUAGAAAGUGUGGUGACAUCGAGGUCUAUUUUAAGUCUAGCCGUAACACUUACACACUAAUUCGGUUUAUUGAUAUGCUGGCAUGCGUAUGACCAUCCCCUUUCCAAUACGGUUUCCUAAAUAGAAGGUCGUGCAUUACUUGCCAGUUAGAUUAUUUCGACCACAUUACUGAAUGUGUAGACAAAGGCCGUUCGCCAGCAACAUUAUUUCUAGAUGUUAGGAAAGCUUCUGAUAAGGUCCCACAUAACAGACUCAUGUUGAAACUCCUAUCCUAUGGAAUAAGUGGAAGGCUACUUGAGUGGAUAACUUCCUUUCUUACAGGAAGAGAACAGUUAGUUGAAGUCAACCAUCACUUAUCUACAUCCAAAUCGAUAACCAGCGGCGUGAUACAAGGUAGUGUUCUUGGCCCUACCCUAAUCACUGUAUUUAUAAAUGAUAUUGUCUCUCUGAUCAAGUAUGGCAAGCCAUACCUCUUUGCAGAUGACCUCAAAGUUGUCUAUGAUUUCAACUAUAAUGAUAUGAAUGUUGCUAAUAAAAUCCAAGAAGACCUAAAUAGUCUAUGUAAUUGGAGUGAAAAGUGGCAAUUAACGUUCAAUCCAGCUAAGUCUGGGAUAACAUGCUUCGGACAUCGGAAACCUAGCAUGUGUUUAUACGUGUACGGUAACCUUGUCUCAAACACGAACACAGUCACAGAUCUCGGGGUAACAUACUCAGAUCUUACCUUUACUGAACAUGCAAAUAAGGUGGUAUCUGAUUGUAAACGUCUAACCGGCUUUGUGCUAUGCAACUUUUACACUCAAGAAGCCAGAUUGGCCAUAUAUAAGGUAUGCAUUCGCCCCAAACUUGAAUACUGUGUCCACGUAUACAGUAGCUUUAAAUCAGCAGACAGAAAAAAUGUUGAAAGUGUCCAAAGAUUCCUCACGAAACGCCCAUUAGGCUAUGAUCACCAAAUAGAAUACCUUGACAGAUAUAUUCGACUGGACUUAGAACCCCUAUGGUUGAGGAGAGUGAAGUGCAAUUUAUUUCCCUUAUUCAAAGUUAUAAGAAAGCACUGUAACUCAUCCAUAACGUUAUCCAAUCCUAAAUCGUAUAGACCACGCAACCAUAACUACUUUCUCAAGGCUAACAUCCAUAAACUCACCACUACGGCUAACUUCUUCACCAUUAAAUAUUAUAAACUUUGGAACCAACUACCCUCUGAGACUAGAUCCUGUGAAAGGCCUGACAGUUUCAAAAGGAGCCUAGAAAAACAUAUUAACAUGCCCACCCUAGCCCGCCUAAGAGAUGUCAAGUGCUGGUAGAGUGGUGAAACAAUGACAUCAAUAUUUAACUACAGAGAGUAGACUAGAGCCUAAUGUAUUCCUUAAUAAUACGAAUUAUAACAUUGAUUAUGCUCUUAUCAUGUAUAGACUGAUUUACUUUGCGGCUUCCUGUAAGACUAACUACCCUUCGUGCGUUGGUGGCACAGUGGUUAGGACUCUC